CAAAAAUUAAGAAAGAAAAAAAGAAAACAAAAAGAAAACUGAGGCAGCAAAAGCCUAAGUGGUGAAGAGUGAAGUUAUGUCGUUUGUUGUUGAUAUUAAUGGAGCAGCAGAAUUGGUAGCUAAAGAUGCAAAUCGGAGUGGAAGAUCAAGUACGAGCGCUCAUGGUGAAAAUAUCUAUGAGAAAUUGAAGAAGGCGGCUCAAGAUGGAGAUGUAAAAAGACUCUACCAGUUGAUAGCAGAAGAUCCAGACAUUCUAGCUCACUUUGAUAAAGCGCCCUUUUGUGAGACGCCACUACACAUUGCAGCUGAAAGAGGGCAAACUCAUUUUGCCAUGGAGUUAGUGACCCUUAAGCCAUCAUUUGCUUCGAAGCUGAACGUGUCAGGUUUCAGCCCGUUGCAUUUAGCCCUGCAAAACAAGCACACUCGAAUGGUGAGAGGGUUUGUGGCAAUUGACAGCAGCUUAAUCAGGAUCAAGGGGGAAGGAAGGAUUACUCCUUUGCAUCAUGUGGCUCAAACAGGCGAUGCAGAGUUGUUGAGUGAGUUCUUGUUCGCUUGUCCUUCUUCCAUAGAAGAUUUGACGACUAAGUGUGAGACAGCUGUGCACAUUGCCGUGAAGAAUCAGCAGCUUUUGGCAUUUAAGGUUCUGUAUGGAUGGGUCAAGAGAGAAGACAGGAAGAAAGUCUUGGACUGGAAGGAUGAAGAUGGUAACACAGUCUUCCAUAUUGCUGCAUCAAUGAAUCAAACUGAGGUCAUAAAGUUGCUGCGUAAAACCGUUAAAGUAGAAGCCAAGAACUUGGAUGGCAAAACCGCCAUGGACAUACUCCAAACUUCAAAAACUCCAAAAUAUCCCACAAAGACUCUUGCGGGAUAUUUGAGCCAAGAUCUAUCGUUUAUUGAGGAACAUGAAAUUCUCUUGGGGCUGAGCAAUGCGAGCAUGACUAGUGAAGGAUCUCUAAAGACUAGCAAACGCCACGAUGCAAUACUUGUGGUGGCUGUACUGAUAGCAACAGCUACAUACCAGGCUGGUCUCAGUCCUCCAGGCGGACUUUGGCAGGAGAAUUCCGAACGCAACGCUACCUAUCCAAAUAUACACAAGGCUGGGGAGAUGACUAUGUCUUUCUACCCUGCCUUCAUUUUUCUAGGCAUCAACGGGUUGGCCUUCUUUUUUUCUAUAUAUGUGAUCACACUCCUCAUAAUUGGACUCCCCAUGUGGAAGUUCAUCAAUAGCGCAACGUUGGCUUUAUGUGUUGCUCUUUUAUCAUCAUACACCAAAAUAUUCCCGAAAUCACCUGGCGGAUCUGGACGUUUCUUCAAGGUCUUCAUCAUUAUUGCACUCCCACUUUUUUGGGCAACCAUGCUGUAUGUUACUGGGCGUCAAUUCGAUGAUGAUAAACGUCGCCUGCGCCAAGUGGACUUCCCGGCGAGCUGCUUCAGCUCAUCUAGUGAAUCGGAUCUUCACCUUCCUUUAAUGUGGCGCGCCUGCACCACGGCGACUGCUGUUUUAUUAGCAGAAGCAGUAAUUAUUAUUUUAAUUAUAUUUGUAUUUUAAUGAAUGAAUUUACAACUUUGACUUCUUCUUUCUCUAUUGAGUCUUUGAUUAUCAACAUAUCAAGACUAUGUCCAUUGUAACUUUUGUGUUAAAUAAAAUAUUUACAACUUUGAUAUUGAAUAUA